GCAGAGGAGUUCAGGACGGCCGUGCACAUGCUGCUGGAGUGGCUCUCGGAGGCAGAGCAGUCCCUGCGCUUUCGGGGAGCGCUCCCUGAUGACGCCGAGGCCUUGCAGUCCCUCAUUGAUGCACACAAGGAGUUCAUGAAGAAAGUGGAGGAGAAGAGAGUGGAUGUGAAUGCGGCGGUGGGCAUGGGGGAGGUCAUCUUGGCUGCCUGCCAUCCCGACUGCAUCACCACGAUCAAACACUGGAUCACCAUCAUCCGAGCCAGGUUUGAGGAGGUUCUCACAUGGGCGAAGCAGCACCAGCAGAGACUGGAGUCUGCACUUUCCGAGCUGGUGGCAAAUGCAGAGCUUCUGGAAGAGCUUCUGGCUUGGAUCCAGUGGGCUGAGACAACCCUGAUACAGCGGGACCAGGAACCCAUGCCCCAAAAUAUCGAUCAGGUCAAAGCCCUCAUCUCUGAACACCAGUCCUUUAUGGAGGAGAUGACACGGAAACAGCCAGACGUGGACCGGGUGACGAAGACGUACAAGAGGAAAGCUACCGAGCCCCCCCACGGGCCUUUCAUCGAGAAGUCCCGCAGCAACAGAAAAUCUUUGAAUCAGGCUGCUCCUCCCAGCAUGCCCAUUAUCUCCCAGUCAGAAACAAAGAACCCACGGAUUAACCAGCUCUCAGCCCGCUGGCAGCAGGUCUGGCUGCUGGGGUUGGAGCGGCAGCGGAAGCUCAACGAUGCCCUGGACAGACUGGAGGAGCAGCUAUGCCCAGAAUUGAAGGAAUUUGCAAACUUUGACUUUGAUGUCUGGAGGAAGAAGUAUAUGCGCUGGAUGAACCACAAGAAAUCCCGCGUCAUGGACUUCUUCCGGCGCAUCGACAAGGAUCAAGACGGGAAAAUCACCCGGCAGGAGUUUAUCGAUGGCAUCUUGGCCUCCAAAUUCCCCACCACCAAGUUGGAGAUGACCGCGGUGGCCGACAUCUUUGACCGUGAUGGUGACGGUUACAUCGAUUACUACGAGUUUGUGGCUGCUCUCCAUCCCAACAAGGAUGCCUACCGCCCCACCACUGAUGCUGACAAGAUUGAAGAUGAGGUCACCAGGCAAGUGGCCCAGUGCAAGUGUGCCAAGAGAUUUCAAGUGGAACAGAUCGGCGAGAACAAAUACCGG